AAAACAACCAAAGAAAACGAGGGAUUUCGAGAAUCGACGAGAGGUAUCAACUAGAAGAAGAGACCUUUUCACUUUGUUUUUCAGAUCAUUCUUUUUCCUUCUAUAUUUACACUCAAAACCAUCCAUUUUUUUGGUAAAUUCAAUUCAGUCAUUCCCAUCUUUCUCAACUUAAAAUUAGUCCAAAAAAUGGCGACUUCUUCUACUUCAAUGGCGUCCAUUAGUGGUGUCAGUUUAUGUGCUACAAACAGAAACAAUCUCUUUUUAACUCACCCACGCCUCUCUUUGAACAUUUCUUCGAAACCCAAUUCCUUGAAAUCCUUUUCACCGCUUCAGUUAAGGAAAAAUGGGGUUUUCGAGAGGUUUUCAAGGACUUCUUCAAGGACUUCCAUUGUUCGUUGCGAAGCUUCAACGGGAAGGAUUACACAACAAGAGUUCACAGAAAUGGCCUGGCAAGCCGUUGUUGCUUCUCCGGAUGUGGCUAAAGAGAACAAACAUCAGAUAGUGGAGACCGAACACUUGAUGAAGGCUCUCCUGGAGCAGAAAAAUGGUCUUGCUCGGCGGAUAUUUUUGAAAGCUGGAGUUGACAAUACUCGCCUUCUAGAAGCGACUGAUAAGUUCAUCCAACGCCAGGCGAAGGUUUUGGGUGAAUCCGCUGGUUCAAUGCUAGGACGUGAUUUGGAGGCUCUGAUGCAGCGAGCACGAGAAUACAAGAAGGAGUAUGGGGAUUCAUUUGUUUCUGUCGAGCAUUUGGUUCUUGGAUUUGCACAAGAUCGGCGUUUUGGGAAGCAGUUGUUCAAAGAUUUCCAGAUAUCCACCCAAGCCUUGAAAUCUGCAAUAGAAUCCAUUAGGGGACGUCAGUCAGUUACCGACCAAGAUCCCGAAGGAAAGUAUGAAGCACUGGAGAAGUAUGGGAAAGAUUUGACAGCAAUGGCAAGAGAAGGAAAGCUUGACCCAGUGAUUGGAAGAGAUGAUGAAAUACGCAGGUGCAUCCAGAUCCUUUCUAGGAGAACAAAGAACAAUCCUGUGCUAAUUGGUGAACCGGGUGUUGGGAAAACUGCAAUUUCUGAAGGGCUUGCCCAAAGAAUUGUGCAGGGUGAUGUCCCUCAGGCUUUGAUGGACCGUAAGCUUAUCUCACUCGACAUGGGUUCGCUCAUAGCUGGGGCUAAAUAUCGAGGAGAGUUUGAGGAUAGACUGAAGGCUGUACUUCGGGAAGUAACAGAAUCUGAGGGCCAAAUUAUCCUCUUCAUAGAUGAGAUUCACACUGUUGUGGGGGCUGGUGCCACCAAUGGUGCAAUGGACGCAGGCAAUCUGCUGAAGCCUAUGCUUGGUCGAGGAGAACUACGAUGCAUUGGGGCAACUACACUGGAUGAAUAUCGUAAAUACAUCGAGAAAGAUCCUGCCCUGGAGCGUCGUUUCCAGCAGGUUUAUGUUGAUCAGCCAACGGUAGAAGAUACAAUCUCUAUUCUCCGGGGUCUUCGUGAGAGAUAUGAGCUGCAUCAUGGAGUUCGUAUUUCCGACAGUGCACUUGUGGAAGCUGCAAUCUUGUCUGACCGUUAUAUCAGUGGCCGAUUUUUACCUGACAAAGCUAUUGAUCUAGUUGAUGAAGCAGCUGCUAAAUUGAAAAUGGAAAUCACUUCGAAACCAACUGCCCUUGAUGAGAUCAAUCGUUCAGUACUGAAGCUGGAGAUGGAGAGGCUGUCUCUCACAAAUGAUACUGACAAAGCAUCAAGAGAUAGACUGAGCCGCCUUGAAGCUGAGUUGUCACUUUUAAAGGAGAAACAGUCCGAGCUGACUGAACAGUGGGAGCACGAGAAGACCGUGAUGACAAACAUUCAGUCUAUCAAAGAAGAGAUUGAUAGGGUGAAUGUAGAGAUCCUGCAGGCCGAGCGUGAGUAUGAUCUCAAUCGUGCUGCUGAGCUGAAGUACGGGAGUUUGAACUCUUUGCAGCGUCAACUUGCUGAUGCCGAAAAAGAAUUAGAUGAAUAUAUGAAAUCCGGAAAAUCAAUGCUGAGAGAAGAAGUUACUGGAAAUGAUAUCGCCGAAGUAGUUAGUAAAUGGACUGGCAUACCUGUUUCCAAACUUCAACAAUCCGAGAGGGAGAAACUAUUAUAUUUGGAGGAAGUGUUGCAUAAACGUGUAGUGGGUCAAGAUCCUGCUGUUAGAUCCGUAGCUGAGGCCAUUCAACGAUCUCGAGCUGGUCUCUCGGAUCCCCGUCGUCCAAUUGCAAGUUUCAUGUUUAUGGGUCCCUCUGGUGUAGGGAAAACUGAACUUGCUAAGGCCCUUGCAUCCUACUUGUUUAAUACGGAAGAAGCACUUGUUCGCAUCGAUAUGAGUGAGUAUAUGGAAAAACAUGCAGUUUCGAGACUUAUAGGUGCUCCGCCAGGUUAUGUGGGUUAUGAAGAAGGAGGGCAGUUGACGGAGACAGUUCGUCGGAGGCCAUAUGCUGUGAUUCUUUUUGACGAGAUCGAGAAAGCUCACGGUGAUGUUUUCAAUGUUUUCCUUCAAAUUUUGGAUGAUGGAAGAGUCACCGAUUCACAGGGUCGUACUGUGAGCUUUACCAAUACUGUCAUCAUUAUGACUUCGAAUGUGGGUUCACAGUACAUUCUGAACUCAGACGAAGACACAUCGAAAGACCUAGCUUAUGAAACUAUUAAGUCGAGGGUGAUGGAGGCUGCAAGAGCAAUAUUUCGACCUGAGUUCAUGAAUCGUGUUGAUGAGUAUAUAGUGUUCCAGCCUUUGGACCGCGAACAAAUAAACAGUAUCGUGAAAUUACAGUUGGAACGUGUGCAAGUAAGAAUUGCAGAUAGGAAAAUAAAACUUCAGGUGACAGAAAGUGCUGUUCAGCUUCUUGGAAAUCUGGGUUACGAUCCGAACUACGGUGCUAGACCAGUCAAGAGAGUGAUUCAACAGAAAGUCGAGAACGAACUCGCCAAGGGCAUAUUGCGAGGCGAGUUCAAAGAUGAGGACACAAUCUUAGUAGACACUGAGCUAACCACGUUCGCAAACAGCCAACUCCCCCAGCAAAAGCUGAUCUUCAGGAAGCUCGACAACGAUUCAAAUACACAAUCAACCGGCAGUGAAGAAGCUUUAUCGCCGACUGUCUGAAAGUCGAACAAACUCAACAACAAUUUGGAACCGACAGUAAAGAAGCUUUAUCAGUAACUCUGUCCAAAAGUUGGUAUUUAUGUUUUUGCUUGAAGACUAGUAUUAAACAGUUUUGCAUGCAUUGUAUAUGAUUCCUCUUUUUAGUCAGGAAUAAACAGUUAUAUACAUCUAUCUUUUU